AUGGCUUGUUUAGCUUUUGGUAACUGUCGUACACUCACGUAUGCUAAAUCAACCGGUCUUUGUCAAUUAUUCUCUGAUAUCCCAAGUCAAUAUGGUAGUUUAGUAGCACAGGCAGGUUUUGUAACUUUGACUGUCAUCGAUGAUCGACGACUAUCGCCUCCAUUACUUCCUCUCCAUGGUGUUACGGUAGCAGGGUACGGUAAUGGAACGUCAGGAAAUGCAAAUAACGCUCUAAGAAAUCCUUGGGGACUGGCAAUUACCACGAACAAUCAGCUUUACGUUAGUGAUUUAUAUAAUUACAGAAUAAUGAAAUUGAAAAUAGGAAAUCUAACAGGAUCAAUCGUUGCCGGUACAACAGGAGUAUCAGGUAGCACUGCAACUACUUUCACUUAUCCAGCAGAAAUUGCUGUCGAUGCAGCUUCGAAUAUAUAUAUUGUCGAUACUAACAGUUUCAGAGUGAUGUUAUGGCGUAAUAACUCAUCAUCUGGUAUUAUAGCAGCAGGCAACGGCACUUCCGGAAGUUCAAUCAUGCUAAUAAGUGUUUCAAUUGGGUUGGCCGUCGAUUUGCAGGGAAACAUUUAUGUCGCUGAUAGUAAUAAUCAUCGAGUAAUGAAAUGGGCAGUAAACGCAACUUCUGCUAUAGUCAUGGCCGGUGUAACAGGUGUGGCAGGUAGUGACAAUCAACAUCUUAAUAAGCCAUAUGGAUUGUACCUCGACGAAAGUAAUUCUUAUUUGUAUAUUGCUGAUUUUAAAAAUCAUAGAAUUCAACGAUAUCGUGUGGAUAUACCAUCCAAUGGCACUACAGUAGCAGGUGGAAAUGGACAAGGAUCCGCCGGUAAUCAGCUUAAUCUACCAUAUGGUGUAUGUGUUUCAAAGAAGACAGGUGAUAUUUAUAUUGCUGACAAGGCUAAUCAUCGAAUUCAACGAUGGAGUGUUGGAGCAACAACUGGAAUAACUGUCGUAGGUACUACUGGAGUAAGCGGUAUUAACGCGACGCAGCUCAAUGGAGCUUCUAAUGUUAUCUUGGAUAUGGAUGAAACAUUCUUAUAUGUGAGUGAUAUAGACAACCAUAGAGUACAACAAUAUCAACUCCCAUAA